AUCCAGCCGCUUUUGUGGCUUCUGUCAUAUCGGAACGGCUCAUAUCGCUAACAUUGAGUCAUUUAAAUCCCAAGACACUCCCAACUUUAACCAAACUACGACCUGUUAACAACACCCAGAUAUCCCAAAUACCUACACCUUUAAAGACCGUUUAAGACACCAUCUGAACGAAUAGGAACCAGGAUGGAGGCCCACGGCUCAGCACGCUUGUCCAGGAAGAGAAAGAAGGAAGGUUCCAAUGGGGAGACUGAGGAGGGCGAGAAACCAUUGAAGCUAAAACGAUACACAGUGGGUCUAAAAUAUCCAGCUCCAUAUGCAGACCAGCUUGAGUCAAUGGAAGAUAAGCCAUAUCAGCGCGUCACCAUGGAGGAAGCUCGCAGAGGCACUCCAUCUGACAGGCCCGUUCGAGUGUAUGCAGAUGGGAUCUUCGACAUGUUCCAUUCAGGUCAUGCCCGAGCUCUCAUGCAGGCCAAAUGCCUUUUUCCCAACACGCACCUCAUUGUGGGCGUUUGCAGCGAUGAACUCACACACAAGUUAAAGGGCUUCACCGUCAUGAACGAUGACGAGCGUUAUGAUGCGAUCAGUCAUUGUCGCUACGUGGACGAAGUGGUCCGCAAUGCUCCUUGGACGCUCACGCCAGAGUUUCUGACCAAGCAUCGGAUUGACUUUGUGGCUCAUGAUGACAUCCCUUACUCAUCAGCCGACAGUGAUGAUGUUUACAAGGACAUCAAAGAAGCAGGAAUGUUUGCACCGACCCAAAGGACAGAGGGCAUUUCCACCUCUGAUGUCAUCACACGCAUUGUGCGUGAUUACGACGUAUAUGCCAGACGGAACCUUCAGCGUGGCUACACCGCUAAAGAGCUCAAUGUCAGCUUUAUCAACGAAAAGAAGUACAACCUUCAGGAGCGUGUGGACAAGGUGAAGAAGAAGGUGAAGGAUGUGGAGGAGAAGAGUAAAGAGUUUGUGCAGAAGGUGGAGGAGAAGAGCAUUGACCUCAUCCAGAAAUGGGAGGAGAAAUCCCGCGAGUUCAUUGGCAACUUCCUACAGAUGUUCGGACCGGAGGGAGCACUGAAGCACAUGCUGAAGGAGGGGAAAGGCAGAAUGUUACAGGCCAUCAGUCCGAGACACAGUCCCAGCAGCAGCCCCACACGAGAGCGCUCGCCCUCCCCAAGCUUUCGUCUACCCUUCUUCGCUAAAACCUCCCCUCCACCCUCCCCCUCCUCCCAGCACAGCGGUGCCCUGUCUGGCUACACCUUUGCUCCCCGUAGACAGGCCAUCAGCGACGAUGAGGACGAUGAAGAUUAGAAUGUGUUUGCCCUCCAUGCAUCUGUCUUCCAGUACUGGCAAUCGAACCUCAAGGCGAAGCAAUCCUUAUACCCAAAUACUGUAUGUUUCGAUCUCAGUAUUUUAGCUGAUUUUAGAGAUGUGAAGGUAAAAUGAACCACACAAAGUGCACUGUCAGCCCGGAAGUUCUCGUAGGGACUUGAAUUUGUGGAGGGUUUAAAUAAUAAUUGGCAGUGAUGGGAUGCGUGUAUUAAAACUUAAGCAUCUUGUUUUGAAGAUUGAUAGGAAUUAGCGCCCAUGGUAUUAAUACCUUUUAUUUUUGUUGCUGGUUCAAAGUUCAGUUUUAAUGAUUCUUUUGUUUUUAUCAUAAUAUAUAGUUGUUAGACAUUACAUAGUUAAUGUUGCGUUUGUAAUGAGUGAGACUAGAGGGAAAUGUCGAAACCACCAUUUGCUCCAAUCAUGUGUUUUGAAUUCAUGGUCUGUUCAAGACAUGAGAAGGACUAUUUGCUUUAUUGCAUUAUCAUUGUUGUCACAAUGUAAAAGAUUAGCUUGAAAUAGCUACAAGCAUGACUUUUGUUGGAAAAUAAGUGCACAAUCAAUGUAAAAUGAGAGCUUGCUUAAUCGAAUGAACUUUUGGAUAUUUGUGUCAUGCUAACACAAAUCAGAUUUCUAAACUUUCCUUAAAACAGAACGUUUAACAACACUAUAUACUUAUCAUAGAGUCAUAAAAUGUUCAUGUGAAAAUGUAACAAGAAAGAACAGUAAAUUUAUUUGACACUUUGUU